UUGAACUGAUUUUUCAGCAUUCAACUAUUUUCCCCUAUCGCCGUCGAUACCAGCCGUCUCUGGUAUUGUUUUCUUCCGCUUACACCGGUUAUUAUCAUGUGUUUAUGAAAAUCAAAGUUUUAUUUAUCUUGUAUAUCUUGUGUUAAUCAGAAAAGUGGGUAGUUAAGUAGCGGAUGCGAAUAACCGACUGAGCACCUCACACACACUUUACACACACAGACACACACACAGACAGUCACGACACGACUAUGUCGUCUUCUCAGAGCAACACAAGGACCAGAUCAAGUAGUUCUGUCAUCUUAAGUGAUGAACCGAGCCCUGGUGUUGGUAUUAAUGACAGUAUAUCAUCCGAGGUUGACGUAUGGACCAGCUCACAUCGUUCUUUCGGAGUCCUAGAACUGAAAAAUGAAUCUGAGAAGAUGAAUGAUUCUCUUCAAGAUGGCAUCCUAGCUGAGUUCUCUAUAACUCCCCGACAACAAGAUAGUCUGCAGUGCUGUCAUUUCCAGGGAUGCUUCCAGAAACUUGUUUUUUCAAUAUUUGCUUGCAUCAUCGGAUCAUCAUUCCAGUAUGGCUAUCAUAUAGGAGUACUGAACUUGCCAGAAAAAGUAUUGUUAGAAUUCUACAAUGAUACACUAUACAGCCGUGAAAAACAGUACCUGUCUGGCAAUAUGAAACCAUUCCUUUGGGGUUUAACUGUGUCAAUAUACUGCAUUGGUGGAAUGAUUGGUGGUUAUAUUUCCUCUUAUUUUAUCAGGAACUUUGGAAGAAAGACCACCCUCCUAUGGAAUAAUUUACCAACCAUUGUUGCUCUGACGCUCAUGUGUUUCUCAAAAUUGGCUCACUCCUUUGAAAUGAUUAUUAUUGGCAGAUUUAUAGUUGGAAUCAGUGCGGGAAUCAGCACUAGUGUUGCUCCGAUGUAUCUGAAUGAGAUUGCUCCAGUCCACCUACGAGGUUUCAUCUCCACAAUCAAUCAGAGUGCCAUUUUGUUAGGGGUUAUCAUGGCACAGAUAGUGGGUCUGCAUAGUGUUUGGGGCAAGGAGGAGAUAUGGCCCCUCAUUUUUGGUCUGUCGGUGUUUCCUCUUAUUAUUCAGAUGCUUACACUACCUUGGUGUCCUGAAAGUCCUGCUUAUCUCAUAAAUCGUGAUGAAGAUGAAGCUGAAGCAGCCUUAGUUUGGUUACGAGGAACCCAUGAUGUUGGCUAUGAAUUGGAAGAACUGAGGACUACAAAAGAGGAAGCUCGACACAAACCACAAGUAACCUACAUUGAUCUGUUUCGAAUACCUUACCUCCGGAAACCUCUUCUCAUCUGUGUCAUGAUGAUGUUAUCACAACAACUCUCUGGUAUCAAUGCUGUUGUUUUCUAUUCCACCAGAAUAUUCCAGUCAGUGAAUUUAUCUGCAAAAGUGGCACAGAUUGCCUCAAUUUUGACUAUGGUGCUCAAUCUGAUGGUUAAUUUUGUUUCUGCUUUCCUUGUUGAUCGCCUUGGUCGAAAAAUCCUCCAUCUAGCUGGACUCUCGGGCAUGUUCUUUGCCUCCAUCUUCAUUGUUGUUGCUAGUGUUUUCAGGGAGAAGUACAGCUGGAUGUCUUAUCUCACUGUUGCCUGUGUUUGUUUUUAUAUCAUAUUCUUUUCUAUUGGACCAGGUAGCAUACCAUGGUUCAUUGGAGCAGAACUCUUUCUAACUGGAGCUCGGGAAUAUGCUAUGAGUUUAGCUGUCGUUGCCAACUGGCUUGCUAACUUUGCUGUUGGCAUUUGUUUCCCAUUCAUGGAUGUAUACCUCCACAGUUACAGCUUCCUCAUUUUCACUGGCUUGCUGCUGCUCUUCAUAGUUUACACCUUUCUCAAAGUACCAGAAACAAAAGGACGCAAAAUCGAAGACAUAGUAGCCGACUUCCAAUCAGAAGACACACAGGAGCGUGUGUUGAUAUAGAUCCAGACCACACACACACACCAAUCCACAUACACCCGCACUCUCUCUACCGGCCCUUGAACAGAAGACACCCAGGAACGUGUGUUAAUGAUAAUAAUAUGCACAUGCUCUGCUACACCUUCAACAGAGGAUCUCAAUUAGUGUCUGCUAACAUACACCCUUGCCAUGAACAGUGUUAUAUAUAUUUUUGAAUUUUCUUUGCCAAUGGAACAACAAAAAAAAAAAACAACACAACAGCUAGUACAAACACACAACACAUAUAUAACUAAAAUGA